AUGACUUUUCAAAAUUUAAUUAAAGUUAUUUGUCCAUUCCUUUUUGCAGCAUACUUAGACAAAGUAGACUCUCAUAAAGUUUCAUUACUAUCAGAAGAACCUUCCUUGUCUGAUAAAAUUCUCCAAUUUGCAACAUUGGAAGAAAUACAAAUAUCUUGUACAAUACUGAUGCUAGACAUAUUAUUGAAACAGAUGGAUCUACAAAUCAUGGAAAAACAUGCUGGUAUUAAUAAUUGGGUUGGACAAAAGGUAUCACUACUAUUGAAAAAUGUUGAUGUUCCGACUUUGAUGGCUCACCAUAAUUGUAAUGAUAUUUCUGAAUGUACUUUUUGUGAAUCCACGGUAAUAUGGUAUCAACUUAGCUUACAACUUUUAACAUACAUCGCUCCACAGCAAUUCAUUGCAACAUCAGAUAUUCUUUCUAUUAUCUAA